UGGUGGACUGUGGUACGGACUUGCCACUAAUGAGUUGAUGUAUUGUCUCAAUGGGACUCAUUCUGUAUUGUAUUUAUUUGAGAAAUGGAUAGCUGUAAUGGAGUAUAAAAAGAGGCAUAUAUUUAUGCAUAGUAUUGAUAAGGAAAAGAAAAAAUGAAGCAUCAACAACAGUUAGGCCUAUUGUGCAGGUACAGGUAGUGGUAGUGGCUGCGCAACGAGAGUGUCGACAGUCUGGAACAAUGAGUGGACCCGAACUGCUGGAGGCAUCAGCGCCUGGUUACUCCCGGCGUUUUCUCCAGAGUAUGGCGCUUAUGUGGAGAGAAUCGUCUUUCUGUGACAUAACUCUUGUUAUUGGCAGACGGCGAUUCCAGGCACACAAGACAGUACUUGCUGCUGCUAGCCCUUUCUUUAAAGCUAUGUUUUCUUCAGGCAUGGAAGAACAAAGCCGGGAUGAAAUUGAACUUCAUGAAAUGUCAACAGAUGUAUUUCAUGAAAUAAUUUCCUUCAUUUACACUGGUUCAGUUAAAGUGGACACUGACACAUGCCAGGAUCUGUUGGCAGUGGCAGAUAUGCUGGGCAUAGAAGAUGUCAUCGACAUUUGCUGUCAGUUCCUCAUCGACAACAUGUCUCCACACAACUGUGUUGGAAUCUUUGCCUUUGCGGAUGCUCACAAUUUGAUCAGUCUGAAGCACCAAGCAGAAUUGUAUUUGGAGAAAAAUUUUGUUCAAGCCAGUCAGGAGGAUGAGUUCAGCCAUCUGGAAUUGCAAAGUGUUUUGUCUAUUUUAGGCAGUGAGCGUCUUCAUAUAGAACGUGAAAGCCAGGUUCUUGAAGUUGCUGUGAAUUGGAUAUUGUAUGAUCUUCCAAGCCGUCGAAAAUUUCUCCUUCAAGUUCUGAACAAAGUCCGGAUCAAGCUUGUCUCCCACAAACAUCUCUUCCUCAUCAUAGACUCAUGCGCUGACCAUGGUGUGAAAAUCACUCUCACCAAAUUUGCAUCAAGUUCAGAAAAUGUGAAAAACCUAAAUCCAAAUGGGCUAUAUGUUCAGGUACCUGUGAUGGACGUAAUACAGUUUCCAAGGCAAAAUGCGAAAAAGUACAUCUAUGUUGUUGGAGGAUUCGCUCGCAACAAAAGAAGUUUUGUCAGCAGUAUUAGUACAUUAGAUAGCAUUGAGAGGUAUGAUAUUUAUUCCCGACGGUGGCAAGGCUUUAAAGGCAUGUGUCACCCUCGGAGCAGUCACGGCCUGGCCGUGUUAGACAGGAAGAUAGUCGUUGCUGGAGGGGAGGACGCGUCUCUCAUCUCUGAUUCUGUGGAGAGUUUUGAUCCUGAUGAGAACUACUGGACCCCUCUCCCCAGCAUGAAGCACCCUCGCUAUGGUCUGGGUCUGGUGUCUCUUGAUGGGUGUAUGUACGCAAUAGGUGGCUACGUCGGCACCCAGAUUGGUGGCACGGUGGAGAAGUAUGAUGACAAAGUGAGGACUUGGACUGUUGUGGACAGAAUGCCGAAUCCUAGGUUCUCCAUGGCAACCGUGGAGUAUGAAGGUUUGAUUUAUGUGGUGGGAGGACUGUCAGAGAUGUACACUGAAUCGGAUGCAAUGGAAAGUUACAAUCCGGUGACCAAAGAGUGGUGUCCCUUGGCAAGGGUGAAAGUACCGAGAGCAUAUCAUGGACUGGUAGCUGUUGAUGGCUAUCUGUACGCUGUCGGGGGCUUCAAUGAGUACUCUGGAUCUCUUCGUACUGUGGAAAAGUAUUCCAUACAAGACAACGUGUGGACUCCGGUGGCCCCCAUGGAUAUCAGCCGUGCCGGGGCAGGGAUUGCUGUGGUCGAUGGGAAGAUCUAUGUCUUCGGCGGUCGUUCUCAGGAUGUGGAGCUCUCGGGGUCAAGCGGGUUCUGUGCCUCUGUCACACUGGACAGCGCUGAGUGUUAUGACCCAGCCCGGGAUCAAUGGACCAACUUGCCAAAGAUGGCUUUCGAACGUUGUGAGACUAUGGCGGUGGUUUUAUGACAGGACCUAUUUAUUGAGGAAGUCCUCUGUAAAUGUCUUAGUUUGAUUGAAAGGUACUUCACUUGCAAUGACAUCUUUCUGCUGGAGGAUCUGAUUCUGCCUCUCUACAGGCAUUUGCUCUGUCUGUGUUACUUUCUGCUAUCCAAGCAGCAGCUUCAUUUUAAAAUGACACCAAUGCAACUGGCAUACUUCAUAACGUCUUGUGCUUACUGAAAUUGCGAUAGGAACUUCACAGAAGUUUCAAGACUCUCCAAAAAUCCUGUUUUUUGGUAGGAACAUCACUCGGAUUUCUCUUUGGAAUGCUCCUGAGUUGUUUUUUUUUCAAAGUUUGCAUGUAGUGGCAGGUAUGGCGUGUUCAGGGAAAUGGAUUGACAUAGAGAUUAGCACAGUUCAGCUUUGUUAGAGGGAGGUAGAUUAAGUGAAGAACUUUAUAAAUUGGAGGGGCUGCUAUUUAUUUAGUUGAGAUGUAGUUUCCGAUAAGUCUGUGGUAGCAGUUACAUUUACUAUGGACAGAUAUUAUUGACAAUAUUGCAUCAAAGAUGAGAUGUAGCUGAAACCAACCUCGGCUGAGUGCUUGAGAGGCUUCCUAUAGAAUGCAGUAAAAGUAAAUAUACCCCCCCCCCCCCCCGCCAUGCUUCAUAGUGAUCACAGCUCGCUGAUUCUUGUUUCUGUGAGGUGUAAAUUGUACCAUAUGCAGUAGAUUUUUUUGGGAGGCACUAUCAGAUUUUCAACUCUUGAUCUAUCUUUAUGACUUUGAAAUUCUCUGUGACCUCUCCAUCCAGACGGAAUGUAGCGAUGUGCUUUUGAUUGCCUUGGUUCACUACAGACUACAGCUUAAUUUGAUGACCGUUCAUCUAUUUUGACUUGAGAAUGACAUCUUGACCGGCCUCUGUGGUGCAGUGGUUAUGCUCUUGGCUCUUGCAUGAUGAAGACCCGAGUUCAACUUUUUUCUGUUUUUUUGAGUAUCUCAGUCUUUCUGCUGGGAUGCGGGAUCCCUCUCAGCCUGGUUUGGGCCUGACAGGCUGGGUUGAAGACUGCUCACUAAGUAAUCUUAUUAAUCAUUUAAUGGUUAAUGGGGCAUCAUACUUCCACAAUUACAAUUACAAAGAUGUCUUGAAUCUGCACCCUUCCUAUCAAUAUCGACAGAUUUCCCCCAAAUUAGAGAGCCUGUCAGGUCUGUUCAAAGGUAAGGCUGACAUUUUGAAGGAACAUACAGAUUUUCCCAGGCUGGUCCUGGUCCGUAUUGCCACAUAGUCUGAAAAAUCUGGUUCAAAGAUGUUGAGCUGUAGUAUACGAUGUGUUCAUUGUGAUCAGAGAAUGGCCACACUUCGUCAGAACGUCUGAGAAUUUCAGGUAUGAAUGGCGAUUUAUAUAUAUUAAAGGAGGUUUCGUUUAACAUUCUAUACUCUACUCCAUUAAAAAACGCUUCACUUUUCAAAUGCACCUCCUAGCAUUUCACAAAUCAUGUGUUUGAAGAAAAGCUUUAGUUUAUUUAGUUUUUUUGUGUCUUUUUGCAAUAAAUCAACCGGAAUUGCUCUGUAUAUUUCCACUUAACUAUAAAUGUAAUAGCAUACCACCGAGAACUAUUCCAGGUCUUACUCUAUCUAUGUGAUGGCGAACUCUGACUACCAUUGUGAAACAAAGAGGCUUUACUUGUUACUGUGCUUUUUAUUGAUGAGGGUAUGUUGAACAUUGCACGACACAAACAAAUGGAGUUUGAGUUAGACCAAAUAUAUCCUCACACCUCUGUGUAAACCCAAGUUUUUAUUCAAGCUAUUAAGUUUUCAUGACAAGUGCAUAUAUAUUUAAGUGAGGCGUUUUUAUUGGAGUUGGGUAUAAAUGUUUAAAUUUGUCAUGUCUCAAAACAAAGUGAAUUAUUAAUGCAUAUGAAGUUGAUGCUUGUGUAUAUGUUCAUGCUUUUCUCUUUAUGUGUAUGUGUGUGUGUGUGUGUGUGUAUGUGUGUGUGUGUGUGUGUGUGUAUGUUUGUGCAUGUGCGUGCAUAUGUAUGAAGGUUUAUAUGUAUCUUUGACUCAAAUCGCAGAAUUACACGCAAUGAAGUGAAAUGUUCGGAAAGACUACUCCUCAUAAUUAAUUUGAUUCCACGUCUUUGCUUCAUUGCGAGAAACUUAGCUCAAACUAUCACAGGAAUCAGACGUUUUGGUUACUAAUGCUGAAAUGUUUUUCUUCUCUGUUAACAGUGCAGAUUUUUCUGUUUAUGAAUAGGUCUCGUGGAAUAAAUACAGAGUUUUCAUGGUCGUUUUUCUUAUUUUUCCUUUGCGUCUGCAAUAUUAGCCUGUAGUUUUGUUUUUGUAGCCUAUAUGGAGGACCAAGUGUUUGCCUUUGAUAUAAGUGUCAAGUUGGUUUGUGAACUCAAGAUAUUUUAUGAAAUGAUAUUGAAUUGAGUUACACUUUUUGAAAAAAACUUGUCUGAGUUCAGGGUUUGAGAGACAACUGCCAAGAAAAUUUUUCUCCAUAUAUUUUCCUGUAGUUUGUGAUUCACUAUUAAAAAUUUUUUUUCGAUUUAAGAAAGGAUUUUCCCCUUGCAUUUUCUUCUCACCCAUGACUGUUCUAUUUAUUUUCUCAUUUCUAUUUGCAUUGGAAUGACUGGUUUCAGCUGAUAUAUUACCAAUGAUAGAAUUGCUUUUCCAUUCCUUGCUGUUGUAGCAUAAGAAUACUGCUUGGGAUUUCUUUUCUCUGUUUUAUUCUUGUCUUUCACGAUGUGCUCAACAUCAGUCCUCAAGGCCCCUUAAGGCCAGGUGCUUUCUUCACAGUGAAAACUCAUACUGUAGUUGCUGAAUUGGGAGAAACAUAUUUAUUAGAUACCAUCGUAACAGAGACUAAGAACAGCACUGGUUACUCUGUGAUGGUCUAUGCCAUAUAUUACGUAUACUUCUUCUGUGAUAAGUUGUUGAAUCCACAUGUUCCAUGAGCACAUUGUCCUACCCACUGACUUUUUUGUUUCACAAAUGUUACUCAUUAUAAUGUCAACAAGUAAUGUUCCUCAAAUUUUCUGUUCUGGUAGGCAAUGAUUUCAAUUUGUUUUUUGUGAGUCCAAGUAUUGCUUUUAUCUACCAGUUCAAUUUCGUUUUGCUACAGUUUGUUUGUAAGCAUGUACUUGUUGUAUUGAGCUGAUGAUUGUAGUAGAAAAGCUCAAGUGUUGUCUCUGAACCUUCACAAUUUGUUUUUGGUAUUUAGAGUAUGUCAGUAGAUACUGAACAUUCAAAGUAUUCGAAGAUUGGAUGUCCAUCUGAUUGCAGUUUACCUAGAGGGAUGUAGCAAUGUACAUGGUACAUAUCUGUUGGAAUUGAAAGAUGAAAAGUGUUAAAAAGAGAGCUUUUUUUCAACAGAAAGUUAGAAGUUCCCGUGGAGAAUUGAAUUAACACUAGGAAUAGGAAAUGUCAUGAAAAGCAGGACAAGUAAUUAUAAUACAAAUUUUAUUUGUUCCCCUUUCUGGUCAUUACUCAGCUAAUAAAUACAUGUUAAAGGAUAA